AGUACUGACGCUAUCUCUCGGAUUUGACCUCGGCUCAUUCUCGGAUUUGUCUCCUGCCUCUUCCCGUGUGACCUCCCGGACCAACCUCGGCUAGUUGACCCGCCAUUGCCUCUCCCAUUACUGGGAAUGAAGGAUCCUUGAUUCGUUUUUCCUUGCAAAAUGUUGCUAAGCCUUUCUCUGCUGCUGACCCAGCAAUUCUCUCACAGGGUUCUUGGGAAGCCAAUUUUAAAGGAUGAAGUUCAUGGCGUCUCCUGUGAUGCCAGUGGCUCUUCCCUCAUGUGGUACUUGAAUGGUGUAAAGCAGGAGGCAGGGCUUGGCAGAGAGCCCCCAUUUAUGCUACCGGUAGCCCCCGGGAGUAGCAGCAGUCUGUCCCUUGCGGAGGUGGUUGGAGAACACUGUAAUGAUACCAGAGGCAAAGAUGAAGAGCUGCUAAGCAUCCAUUUCCCACCCGACUCUCCAGUUAGUAGACACCAUCUCUCUGGAUUAUCCCUCAUACUUCUGCUGGUGAUCCAAAGUCAGCCUCCCUCCGGCUUUGCCCUUCGAGAUCAAGAUGGACGAUUCUUCAGCAAUUCUUCUCGUUUUCUCCUGUUGGACACCCGCAGUAUAGAUGUCAAUGGUAGCCUGAGGGUAAAAGUCAGCACCAAGGAAAGUGGAAUCAGUCAGACAUCUGUUGCAGGAUCUACAUGGGAUCUCCUGUCUAUCAGGGUAGAGAUCCCGCUGCUGCUCCUGAUUGUGACCGGUUCUGCACUGAUUGCUGGGAUUCUUCUGGUUAAUGUCCUCGUCUGUUGCCUUGUGCUGAAAAAGAAGAGAAGCAAAUAUGAUGUGGGAAACCAACUAACACUAAGCGUUUCCAAUAACAUGAAGCUCAAUAACAGCUGUCUGCCCCGGGAGCACAUGUCCUUGCCAUCCAACCUGCAACUCAAUGAUCUCCGACCUCAGAGAAAAGGGUCAGAAAAUUCUACAUGUGCCACACAGGAGGACGUGUCCGCGCCCAGUGGGACAACGACUGAGUCAUGGUUUGAUCGAUUUCCACUAGUGGGCUAUAUCUAUAAAGCAUCAAGUGUAAGCAGUGAGGAGAUCUGGCUGUGAUCUGAUAUAACAUGACUUUCCUACAUGAGAAAUUUGGCCGAUCAGUGGAUGAUACAUCGCAUCAACCAUUCAGCCUAAAUCCACGCUAAAUAUGCACUUCCUAUACCAGUGCCCGGUGUGCUCCAGUCAACCUUGCCCAUAGCAAUGUAUGAAAGGCUUACUAUAUAUCAGAUGAUGGCUGUAUUACUGGUUCAAGUGGCUUGGGCUCAACACAUUGGGACGUACAGUAUACUGUAUAGAAUCCGUAGAUUUCUUUGGCGCAGACAUAUGCCAUUUGUCAUACCUUGGCAGGUUUAUAUCUGGAUAGCCCUUUUUGACUGCAUUGUAAAACAUGGGCUACAGAAGUUCGGAAAAGGACACCAGUCAUCUGAAGAACAAGAAGACAAAAAUGUUCUCUUCCCUUUACAAAAAAAAGAAAAGAAAGCAGAUUUGCCGAUCGCAUGUACCUUCAUAGGUUUUUUGAUAGAUCCAUUUGAAGUACACAGUUGGCAGUGCAUCACACAUACACUGAUCAGCCAUAACAUGAAGGCUCAAUAUUGUGUAGGUUCUUCUUUUCUGUUAAAAAAGCUCUGACCUGUCUAGGUAUGGAGUCCACAAAA